AAUUAAACAACAUUCAAUAGUUGUCAGACUGCUCGCGUACCACCUUCCUUACGUACGAACGUCAACUUUAAUACGAGUGAGAUAACAAAUUAAUUCUCGGUAAAAAAAAAGAUAAGCGGGAAUCGCGAUUAAAUUUAUUUUUCUGUAUGUGUUUGGUUAGACCCUGAGCUCGUGGGUCCUGAUAAGAAUUAACGGUUUUCUAAAUUUGUCGCGAGUGAUGAUCAUUGACAGCAUCUUCAUCGGUCGAAGUUAAAUAAAAAAAAAACAACACAACAGAAGAAGUUAAAUUAUGACAAAAGACAAAUGACACUGGCGUCGCGUUCUGAUAGUUUCGAUGGGACUAUAACUGAUAACAGUUCCAUAGAUGACUGCAAGGAUGUGACCAAUUAUUCUUUGCCUUUGGGACACCUUAAUGAUAUUCGAUUGACUAAAGAUGAAGACACUUUAGUCGAACUCUUUGGCAGACAAAACAAUGGAUAUGCACACACUGUGAUCACAGGAUCACCAAAUUCAAAAGUUGGAGAUGAAUUCUAUUUAAACGUCCAAGGUCGCGAAGUUAACGUUAACAUAACCCAUACAUCUCAGGGCGUUCCUGAAGAUUGCGAAGAGAAAAAAGUUUCCACCAGCCCUCCAAAGAGCACUCCAACAGAGAAAACUUGCCCAUCAAGAUUCAUCAUCCUAAUCAGAAGACAUUCUAACUUGCUCAUCGGUUCGAUCGGCUUCUUGCUACUCCUCGGCGUUAUCACUUUAAUAACUUUUCACUUUAUUGGCGACAAGAAUGAGGACAUCACACCAACAACAUAUAAAACAACCACCAGUACCUCGACCACUAGUACAUCAAGAACCAGUACGAACCAUCACUUUAUCCAUUAUUUAUUCACUCGAGAAAACUGGGGUGCCAGGGAUGCAACGAAGAAAAUUCCUGCCUUGAUUAAUCCAGUUUCUUUGGUUAUAGUUAAACAUACUAAUACAGAUAUGUGCGUUAAUGUUAAUGAGUGUUAUGCCAAAAUGAAGGAAUUGCAAAACUACGACAUCGAUGUGGAAAAGCUCCCUAACAUACGAUACAACUUCGUGAUAGGUGCUGAUUGGAAUGUCUAUGAGGGUAGAGGGUGGAACGAGCAAAAUAGCCAGAGAAACGAUAGCAUCGAUAUUGCUUUUAUGGGGAAUUAUAGUGAGAUAGUACCGGGGGCCAUAAUGGUGACGACUGGACCAUGGUUAAUAGAUAUUGGAGUGAAUAGUGGGUAUUUGGAUACAAAUGUUAAAGUGGUGUGCCAUAAUCAGACAGAGAGCAUUGAUAGUCCCGGGGAGUAUUUGUACAGGGAGGUGGUGAAAUGGAAAUAUUAUUCGGAUGAGAUUAUUGGAAAUUUUUCCACCAACCCUCCGAAGAGCGCCCCGUCAGAGAAAACCUCCCCAUCAAGGGUCACCAUCCUGAUCAGAAGACAUUCCAAGUUGAUCAGCUUCUCGAUCGGCAUCUUGUUACUCCUUGGCAUUAUUACCUUCACUAUUCUUCACUUUGUUACCACGUCAACGUAUGAAACAACCACAAGUACGCCAAGCACCACCACUAAACAUCACAUUAUACACAAUUUAUUCACUAGAGAAAACUGGGGUGCUAGGGAUUCAGGGGAGAAAAUUCCUGCCCUGAUUACUCCAGUUUCUUUGGUGAUAAUUAAACAUACCAAAACAGAUAUGUGCACGCAUGUUAGCGACUGUUUUGCGGAAAUGAAGCAAUUGCAAAACUACGAUGUCGGUGUGGAAAAACUGCCGGAUUUACGAUACAAUUUUGUGAUAGGAGCUGAUUGGAAUGUCUAUGAGGGUAGAGGGUGGAAAGAGCAAAAUAGCCAAAGAAACGAUAGCAUCGAUAUUGCUUUUAUGGGGAAUUAUAAUGAAGUGGUUCCGGGGGAGAUAACGGUGGCGACUGGACCAUGGCUAAUAGAUAUUGGGGUGAACAGUGGGUAUUUGGAUGCCAAUGUGAGAGUGGUGUGCCAUAAUCAGACAGAGAAUACUGAUAGUCCUGGGGAGUAUUUGUACAGGGAGGUGGUAAAGUGGAAAUAUUAUUCAAAUGAGAUUAUUGGAAAUUACUCCAAAGAAAAAGAAUCCAGUAGAGGAAGAAAACUUAUUUUUUCAGCUAGCCUUGGUAUCCUGGUUCUCAUCCUAAUAAUCUUGGUUACUAUCUGGUUGGUGCUGCCAAAGAAUAAAACAGGUGGAGAUAUUAUUACGACUGUACCUCCUGCCAGCACCCCUAGCUAUAGAACGAUUAUUAGCAGAGAAAUAUGGGGGGCAGCAGAACCUAAAGGACCCUACGUUUCCAUCCCAGCACCAUCUGUAGUUGUUAUCAAGCAUACGGGAGGAUUAACAUGUACAGACUUCUCUAGUUGUUGCUUGAGGAUAAGAGAAAUACAAAAAAUGCAUAUGGAUUUCCUCAAUAUGAUAGAUAUAAGUUAUAAUUUUCUUAUAGGCGGUGACAGAAGGAUUUACUCAGGUAGAGGCUGGGCAGUGGCAAAUGAAGAUAUUAGAAACGAUACCGUUGAUAUUGCUUUCAUAGGGAAUUUUAGUGAAAAUGUCCCAAGUUCCAGCAUGUUAUUAGCUUUAGAUAGAAUCAUUUUGCAGGCUCCUGAUAAAGGACUGAACUAUUCAAGGCAUAUGGUGGUAAACCAUAACCAGACUGAACCCACUGAUAGUCCUGGGGCGUUUUUGUUUGCAAAAGUUACUGAGGAAGUUAAUCAUUAUUCUAGUGAUGUGUGCUAUAAAGUAAAGAAAGAUGGAGGAGUUGUUGUCAAUUAUAGUUGUCCUCAAAAGGUUGGAUAAAUUGAUAUUUAUUUAUGUUCUUUUUAUUUAUUCAAAUAUAUUUGAGUUGAUAUUAAUAAAAUAUUAAAGGUAA